AUUAGUGAUACAUUGCAACAGUUAUGUGAAAGCUCAUGAAAAAAGUAGCUGCCGCAUUUUGAAAAGUAAUGCUAAUGUUGAUGAUUUUUAUUAAAGCAGCUAAAGCUAAAUGUUGUUCCCACCACGUUUCCUAGAACCUCAUUCUGAUGCUUUUUAGUGUUGAUUCCUCCUCCUUAAUCAGUAAUCAGACCAUCGCUUUCGUAAAACUUCGACCGCAACUUUUUUUUUUUUUACCUCAACUUUCGUACUAGCAUAUUUCACGUGGAUUGUGCUUCGGCUAUUGCCCCAAAUAAUGCAGUUUUAAGCCUCACACGGAACUAGCCUUGAAAGAGCUAAACAGAUGCUUGUGUUCUUCCGAUUGUCAGAUUUUGCAUACACCAUUUGGAUUGAUAUUUUUCAUAAAACAGACCUUUACACCCUGCCCUAGUCCUGCAAUGACCACCCAAAAUGAUAUUCCUUCUUCUUCUUUCUCUUCUCUAACCUCUCGAUGGACAUACGAUGUUUUCCUCAGUUUCAGAGGCGAAGACACACGCAGAAACUUUACGGAUCAUCUAUAUGCUGCUUUGAACCGGAAGGGAAUAUUGACGUUUAGAGAUGGUGAAGAACUUGAGAGGGGAAAAGCCAUCUCCCCAACAGUCUUGAAAGGAAUCGAAGAAUCCAGGUUUGUACUUGUCAUUCUUUCAAGAAAUUACGCCAAUUCAGCAUGGUGCUUGGAUCAGCUUGCAAAGGCAGUUGAACGCAUGAAAGUGAUGGGGCAGACAAUACUCCCCGUUUUCUAUGACGUGCAUCCAUCCGAGGUACGAAAACAAACAGGGUAUUUCGGGACAGCCUUCUCCAAGCAUGAAGAAGCCUUUAAAGAAAAUAUAGAGAAGUUGCAAAGGUGGAGAACAGCUCUUCUUCAAGUAGCCAAUCUCUCUGGAUGGCAUUUGCAAGAUGGAUAUGAAUCCAAAAUUAUUGAAGAUAUUGUGAGAUAUAUUUUCACUAAAGUAAAUCAAACAAUCUCAAGUAUACAUACAGAUUUAAUUGGGAUGGAUUCUCGCGUAAAAGAAGUGCUUUCUUGCUUAGAUACGGGGUUGAACAAUGUAAGUGUGUUAGGGAUUUGGGGGAUGGGGGGCAUGGGUAAGACAACCAUUGCAGAAGUAGUUUUUGAUAAGAUACGUUCUCAAUUUGAAGCUUACAGCUUUCUUGCCAAUGUUAGAGAGGUAGCUGAGAAACAAGGUCUAGUCCAUUUACAAAAGCAACUUCUUUCAGAUAUCCUGUUUGAGAGUAAUGUAGAUGUACAUAAUAUCCAUAUGGGGAUGAGAAAGAUGAGACAGAGACUACGUACUAGAAUGGUUCUUGUCAUUCUUGAUGAUGUGGAUCAAUUAGAACAACUGGAAGCAUUGUGUGGUCAUAGUUGGUUUGGUUCAGGGAGUAGGAUCAUAAUAACAUCAAGGGAUGAGCAUUUACUACGCACAUAUGGAGUGGAUAAAAUGUAUAAGGUUAAGCCGUUAACUGAUGACGAAGCUCUUCAGCUCUUUGGUCGGAAAGCAUUCAAGAAGGACCAGGUCGGAGAAGACUUUCUUGAGCUAUCAAAGAAUGUUGUAGAAUAUGCUAAUGGCCUCCCAUUAGCUAUUGAAGUUUUGGGUUCAUUUCUCUUUGGUAGAAGCAUAGAAGUAUGGUCAAGUGCUUUGGACAGACUAAAAGAAAAUCCUGACAGAAGAAUUACUGAUGUGCUUAAAGUUAGUUUUGAUGCAUUACAUGACAUAGAAAAGACCGUAUUUUUGGACAUUGCAUGUUUCUUUAAAGGGGAGGAUAAAGAUCACGUAAUAAGAAUACUGGAAAGUAAUUGCGGCUAUCGUCCAGACAUUGAUAUAGCAGUUCUCAUGGAAAAAUCUCUACUAACUCUGUUCGGAAGAAAGUUGUGGAUGCAUGAUUUGAUACAAGAAUUAGGCUGGGAGAUUGUUCGUCGAGAAUGCAGUGAAGAGCCGGGCAAACGUAGCAGGUUGUGGCUUCCCAAAGAUAUCAUCCAUAUGCUUGUAAAUGAUGAGGGAACGAUUGCGGUUGAAGGUAUAUUCUUGAAUUUCCCAAAAGAAGAGGAGGUUUUCUGGAAUGUUGAUCCCUUCCCAAAGAUGCCCAAGCUAAGAUUGCUCAGAAUUAGUAAUGUGAAAUUUUCUGGGUGUGUCAAAUAUCUUUCAAAUGAGUUACAGCUUUUGGAAUGGCAUGGAUGUCCUUUAAGUUCCUUUCCAUCGAACUUUCAAUCAAAUAAACUUGUUGAACUCAUCAUGCAUUCGAGCUUUAUUAAAGAACUAUGGAGGGGAAAUCAAAGUUGGAGAAUGCUACAGUUUAUUGAUUUGAGUGGUUCCAAAUACUUGAUCAAGACCCCAAACUUCAGUGAGGCUCCAAAUAUUGAGACGCUAGUGCUUCAAGAUUGUACAAGAUUGGUCGAGGUUCACCCCUCCGUCGGAGUUCUCAAAAAACUUAUUUUGUUGAAUAUGAGAAACUGCAAACGCAUUGAGAGUCUUCCACCUUCCAUUAGCUUGGAAUCUCUUGAGAUUUUUAUACUUUCUGCCUGUUCGAGACUCAAGAAGUUUCCUGAAAUUGAAGGAUAUAUGGGAAACCUGUUGGAGCUUCGUCUAGACGGAACUGCUAUUGAGGAAUUACCUACGUCUAUUGAGUGUUUGCCUGGCCUUACUUUGUUGAACUUACAAGACUGCAAAAACCUUUUGCAUCUUCCAAGUACCAUUCAGUAUCUGACGUCUCUGAAAUCUCUGAAUCUAUCAGGUUGCUCAGAGCUUGAUGAGAUGCCCGCAAAUCUGAGUUCUGUGGAAUGUCUGGAGAGGCUUGAUAUAAGUGGAACUGCAAUACGAGAAUCAUCAUUCAUUCUAGAUAUGAAGAAUCUACAGUUUCUUUCCUUGCAAGGAUGUAAGGAUCUUCCUCCAAAAUCAUGGCAUUCACUCUUUAAUUGUUGGUGGUGGGGUAAAAAGGUCCAAGCUCCGUUGAGUUUGUUGUUGCCUACUUCAUUCUCAGGUUUAACUUCCUUAACAAAGCUAAACUUGAGUGAAUGCAAUCUGACAGGGGGAGAAGUUCCGGAUGAUCUUGGCAGCUUAUGCUCCUUAGAAAUCUUAAAUUUAAGUGGUAAUAAUUUUGUUUCCUUACCAGAAGGUAUCUCUCAACUCUGUAAUCUUAAAUCUCUGAACGUGAGCCAUUGUAGUAAGCUUCAAUCGCUGCCUAAGAAGCUUCCUUUAAGUGUUCGACAAGUGAAUGCGGAUGAUUGCAUUGCACUGAUUGAUUUCAAAAGUCAAUUCAAAACAUGGACUUCCAAGGACACGGGAAUGACUACGAUCAGUCGCCUCAUUCCCUCUCAGAAUCAACAACUUUUUCCUUCCUCGAGAAACAUCAAGGAUUUAACUUCGUGGACUUCAACAACUAUAGGGAGAAUGAAAACUACAACUGUCAGUUGUCUCAAAUCAUCUGUUGAGCAUCCAGAAUGGAAAGCAGUCGAUGAGUUUUCAGUACCAGAUCAAGUGCGUCAAAAAGACCUUGAGGGGUUGGAUUUUACGGCAUCGCCCUUUCAAUCUGUUUCUACUUGUACUGAAAUUCUAGAGUGGUACACUGAUACUGCUACCAGAGAAUCCAUAGCAAUCCCUCUACCUCCAGAUUUGGAUGAAGAUAAAAAAUGGAUUGGGGUUGCAUUGUGUGCUGUUUUCUCAGUCAAAGGAGAUCCUGCUGUUUCUCACAUUGGACCGAGUUCAGAACCUUCUAAUUAUUUCUAUCGAUGCAAAUUCGGAACUAGUGAAUUCAUAGUGGAGCCAUUAGUCUUUGACACCGAAAACUACCGCAACUUAGUUAAAUCUAGUUCUAAUGUCUGUGCUGUGUUUUAUGUACCUUGUCUGGGAUUUCGGAAGAUGUUAAAUAAAUCAGGUGCAAUGUGGGCUUCAUUUGAGACAGACAACCCAUCCAUGAAGGUCCAAAAAUGUGGUAUUCGUCUAGUGUACGAGCAAGAUGUUACAGGGUUUAUCCAAAAACCUAUGCAGGAUGAUCAUGAAGGUUUUCAACAUCAAAUCCCGUCUCAAGAUAACUGCAAUCCAAUUGAGGUUAUUAAGGAUAGAGAACUUGAAUAUGGGUGGUUUAAUUUGGUGGAUAACAUUUUGGAAUGGGAGAAUUUUACAUCUGCCGAAAAGGGUUCGACAAUUCUUUUAAGGAGGAAUAUUGAGUCACUUCUUCCAAGAUACCUGGAGGGACUAAACCAUAUGGGUCAAUUUUAUCAAUUUGGUUUAAGUGGAAGCCCAGCUUGGUUCAAUCCUAAAGUCGGGUCCUCCGUUUCAACCCAGCUGCCUAAAACUCUCUACAAAAAUAAGAAAUGGAUGGGAGUUGCUCUAUGUGUGUCAAUUUCAGUACUGGACUGGCAUAAAGUAAAAGGGGGUUAUAAAGUUUCUUGUCAAGUAAAUUCGGGCAAUUUUCAUACGGAGUUGUCCCUAUGCUCGACCAAUUUUAUAUGUGAUAAAAGUCAACUUUGGAUUAUUUACAUACCAAAGGCACAGUUGCCGGAAUGGUUCACUCGAUCAAGUUCAAGUAGCACUUUGUUCAGAAUUGACAACUCUGCCGUUGAGGUUCAAGUGUGCGGGUACCGUGUUUUUUACCGGCAAGAUUUAAAAGGAUUUGUACAGACAAUCAUCCAGUGCAUAUUGCGCAGCUCUGACACCCUCUUUGAAAAGUAUAAUAAAAAAAUGGUUGAAGAUUGGCUAACUUUGGUAAGAUGGCAAGGUCGUAAAAUUGAUAGAGAACUCAGUAGACAAUUCAGUUCCUCGCAGCAUGAAAGAGAGCUGUUUCAGUUGAUCUUGAGCCAUUACAGGAAUCAGGACUGGUCUGUGGCUGAGUGUACAUGUAGGUUCCCUGGAAUUGAAAUUCCCAAGUGGUUCGUGCAUUUGAAUAAAGGCGGUUCUGCACAGAUACAACUACCUCCAAAUUUGUUCGAUGAUGCUAACUGGAUGGGUAUUGCUGCGUGUGCUUAUGCCUCGAUCCACGAACAUCCAACCGUCAUUCUUGACACUCCGGAUUCAGAAUUUAGUCGUGCGCUUUAUUGUUAUCUGGACACCAAUCUUCCUAAUGUCAGACUCCAUGGUUUAGAGCAUACAAACAAAGCCUUGUGGUUGCAUGCAUGCAACUUCACUUGGUUUACGUAUGCACCACGUGCUAAAUUUUCUGGUUCGCUGAAUCAAUGCAAUCUAGUCAGGGCAACUUUUGGGUCCAAUAGCCCAGGCUUAGGACUGCAUCAAUGUGGUCUUCGUCUAGUGUUUAAGGAGGAUGUGGAAGAUCUCGUACAGACUUUGACCCUCUGCCGAUUAUCUGCCAAGUGUUAUCAUUCGGAGCAAGCAAGGCAUGGUAAUUAAAAUUGGUAUAGUACAAGACAUGUUGAUCAUCUGAUUCUCAAGUACUAGGGCAAGCAUGCAUGUUACAACUUGUAAGGCCUUUUGUCUUUUUUUCAUUAGAUCAAUUUUGUCAACUUUUGUGGGAGGCUAUUUCCCUUAGUUGUGGGGUUUUGUUGCGGUGUCUUCUUCCUUGUGAAGGUUUGAAACCAUGCCGACCUGAUUCA